UUCACCUGUGAAAACUGGAGGUGCAAAAAAAAAUCAUUUCGUGCCAUAUAGGUUUCAAGAGGAAGGAUGGGUUUUGAUUUGUUGUGGUUUAUAUCUCACUGGAUGCACUCACACACUUCAUAGGUCCCUUAAGAAAAAAGGGCUCUGAUGCCACUUUGUAGGUUUUUAGAGUAAGAAUAGAAAACACAGAAAAUUUGGGGCUGAAAAUUGCACACCUUUUGUUUCUUCAAAAUCUGAAUUUAUAAAGGAAAAGAAACAAACAAAGCCAAAAAAAUCUUCCUACAUGCUGGAUUUUCUGAAGCAUUGGGCGGGUCAAGCUUGGCUCCUAAAAGGUAAUUUGAACAUAGAUGUUUUGGGAGGAGGGUGUUUGCUCUUUGUGUUUGAAUGUUCAAGUGAGGCUGAGCGUGUCUUGUCGAGAGGGAAGAGAAGGGUGAAAGACAAUGAAUUAAUUCUGGAAAAAUGGCAUCCGGAGGUGGGUUGCUUGGGUAAUAAAGUCAUGGUUAAAGAGGCUUGGGUGAGAGUGGUGGGCCUUCCCCUUCAUCUAUGGAGUCGAGAGGUAUUUAAAUUGAUUGGGGAUGGCUGUGGUGGUCUGAUUAAUGUGGAUGAAGAAACGUUUUCUAUGGCUAAUCUUCAAUGGGCUAGAUUGUUGGUGAGGGUGAAAGGAAGGGAUUUCCCUUCCUCAGUUCAGCUGGUGGAGGGAUCAGGAUGUUAUUCAAUCCAGCUGUGGUGGGAAGUCCAGCCCUGGUAUUCUCAGGUGAUGCCGGCGGGAAGCGGGUGCCGGAAAGGUGAUACAGAGACUGAAGAUGAGGAAGGGAGUGGGUUAGGUGACGUAUGCAGAGGAAACGUGUUGGAGAAGGAGGCGCAGCUGGUGGAGCAGAUGGGAAUUCAGAGUGAGCCGCCCUGUGGAAGCUCCUCGAAAGGAGCUACAGUCUUCUCUAUGGAGCCAGCUGCAAGGGGGCCUGGUGUGGAGGAGACGUAUGGAGAGGAUAGGCUAGUGAAUAGGGGUCAGGGAGCAGGUAAAGGGGUCAUAAGGGGUGGUGUUGGGUUGGGGCCUGCCGCCAUUAAGGUUGGGCCUGAUAAUGGGGAGGCCCAGUUUAGAAGCUGGCAUGGGGUAAUGAAGUGCAGUCCAGAACGUGAGGAAGCCCAGUUGUUUGGGCCGGAGGAAGCAAAGCCCAUUAUAUUAAAAGGAUGGCAGAUGGGCUGUGAGGAGAAGCCUUUUUAUAUCAAGGGUUCCUUAGUGGGCUGGGCAAGUUUGGCUGAGAUGGGCUGUGGGCCCGCGAAAGAGGGGUUAAAAGGUAUUAGGGCUUUCUCUCUCACUGACGAAGUGGAAAUGGGAGCUAGGGCUACAGAGGAGGAUUCGCGGGCUGGUGUUAGAGACGACGAGGGGGUCGCCUGUUGUCACGGAGGGGAUCAGAGGGCUUCUGAGGAUUCUUCAAUGGUGUCGAGGGCACGGUUAACCGACGACGCUUUAGCAGCCGAGGCAUCCAGGGUUGAUCAACUCAAAGGGUUUUUGCAAUCUCUGGAAAGUAGAGCAUUCCAGAUCACUUGUUGCAGACUGAAUUGCAGCACUUUCAGAAAUAUGAAGAGCCAACUCCAAGAAUAUGUUAUCGGAAUCCCAGUCAGCUGCCAAUAUGAUAAGCCAUCUCUUUCAAAUGGCUCUGGGGCAAUCAUCCAAAAAAAAUGGGAUUCCACAAAUUACAGGAUCAACAAAAACAGGAAGAAGGCAGACAAUUUUGUGGAUGGAGUCCGAGAGCAUGUGAGAUUAGGGCCUAAGUUCUCUGAAACGGUGAAGGGAAAGUUGAGCUUGGGGGCUAGGAUUCUUCGAGUUGGAGGAGUGAAGAGAGUUUUCAAGCAAAUUUUUGGUGUUGGAGAAGGAGAGAAGCUAUUGAAGGCUUCCCAAUGCUACUUAUCAACAACAGGAGGCCCUAUAGCUGGUCUCCUCUUUAUCUCUUCUCAGAGGAUUGCCUUUUGCAGUGAUAGAUCAAUCAAAUUCUCUUCUCCAAAUGGUGAAUUGAUUAGGAUCCAUUACAAGGUCUCCAUCCCACUGAGAAAGAUAGAAAGAGCCAACCAAAGCGAGAAUGUGAAAAAUUCAUCUCAGAAGUACAUGGAAAUCAUUACUGUGGAUAACUUUGACUUCUGGUUUAUGGGAUUCUUGAAUUACCAGAGAGCUUUCAGCUACCUCCAACAGGCACUCUGUGAAGCGCAGAAUCUGGUUGAGAAGUGAUUCAAAGUUUCUUCCCCCCAACUUCUACAAAUGUAUUUACAUGAAUCUGAUAAGAUUCAACAGGCUUUGUACAACAGGCUUUGUACAAAUUUUUUGCUAAUGAGAAAUUAAUCUCCAAUUUUUCAACCAUAUUUUCUAUUCAGUGCAUGGAACAAGUUCUUCCAAAGUGACUAUUGUUUUAGUACUGUAGUAGCUAUGCUAUGACAUAAACCCCAUCUCUUUA